UCAGGUGAGGCAGCUGGCCUAGCAGGCCCCACGCCACCGCCUCUGCCUCCCGGCCGCCCGCUGCUGCGGGCCACCAUGCUCCUGCCCAGGCCUGGAGACUGACCCCAAACCAGCACCAUCUCGCAGCUCCGCCCCCACCUGCCGGACCCCAGGGUCCCACCCCGGCCCAGGAGGUCAGCCGGGGAAUCAUUAACAAGAGGCUGUGACAUGGCGGAGAAGGAGGGUGGCCGGACCGUGCCAUGCUGCUCCGGACCCAAGGUGGCCGCUCUCACUGUGGGGACCCUGCUGCUCCUGAUGGGCAUCGGGGCGGCGUCCUGGGCCAUUGCGACUGUUCUCCUCAGGAGCGACCAGGAGCCGCUGUAUCCAGUGCAGGUCAGCCCCGUGGACGCGAGGCUCACGGUGUUUGACCAGACAGAAGGGACGUGGCGGCUGCUGUGCUCCUCGCGCUCCAACGCCAGGGUGGCCGGGCUCAGCUGUGAGGAGAUGGGCUUCCUCAGGGCACUGGCCCACUCCGAGCUGGACGUGAGGACGGUGGGCGCCAACGGCACGUCGGGCUUCUUCUGCGUGGACGAGGGGAGGCUGCCCCAUGCCCAGAGGCUGCUGGAGGUCAUCUCCGUGUGUGACUGUCCCAGGGGCCGUUUCUUGGCUACCGUCUGCCAAGACUGCGGCCGCAGGAAGCUGCCCGUGGACCGCAUCGUGGGAGGCCAGGACAGCAGCCUGGGCAGGUGGCCGUGGCAGGUCAGCCUUCGCUACGACGGGGCGCACCUGUGCGGGGGGUCCCUGCUGUCCGGAGACUGGGUGCUGACGGCUGCCCACUGUUUCCCCGAGCGGAACCGGGUCCUGUCCCGCUGGCGAGUGUUCGCUGGGGCUGUGGCCCAGGACUCUCCCCACGGCCUGCAGCUGGCCGUGCAAGCCGUGGUCUACCACGGGGGCUACCUUCCCUUUCGAGACCCCAACAGCGAGGAGAACAGCAACGACAUCGCCCUGGUCCACCUGUCCAGCCCUCUGCCCUUCACAGAAUACAUCCAGCCCGUGUGCCUCCCGGCUGCCGGCCAGGCCCUGGUGGAUGGCAAGGUCUGCACCGUGACGGGCUGGGGCAACACGCAGUACUACGGCCAACAGGCUGGGGUGCUCCAGGAGGCCCGAGUCCCCAUAAUCAGCAAUGACGUCUGCAAUGGCCCUGACUUCUAUGGGAACCAGAUCAAGCCCAAGAUGUUCUGUGCCGGCUACCCUGAGGGUGGCAUUGAUGCCUGCCAGGGUGACAGUGGUGGUCCCUUCGUGUGUGAGGACAGCAUCUCUCGGACGUCGCGUUGGCGGCUGUGCGGCAUUGUGAGCUGGGGCACCGGCUGUGCCCUGGCCCAGAAGCCAGGUGUCUACACCAAAGUCAGUGACUUCCGGGAGUGGAUCUUCCAGGUCAUAAAGUUGUCUUUCCCCAGACUCACUCCGAGGCCAGCGGCAUGGUGACCCAGCUCUGACCCGUGGCUUCUCCUCGAUGCGUUCGCCUCCAGGGUCCGAGUUGAUCUAGGUGGCGCCAGGCCCACAUGGUGGGAUCCACACUGGGCCUAGGAUGGAACAUUUUUCUUCUUGGGCCCAGCCCACAGGCCCAAGGAUGCCCUGCCUCCAGGGCCCUCUCUUCCACAGUGGCGGGCCCACUCAGCCCCGAGACCACCCGAGCCUCUGUCCCAACCCCCAUGUAAAUAUUAUUCUGCCAUCUGGGGACUCCCAUCUAGGUGCCCCUGGUGACGGGAUGCUCUUUAAAUAAUAAAGAUGGUUUUGAUUAA